AUGAAACCUGCUCCAAUAAUUGCUCAACCAAAUGAAGGGGGGAAUGUCAAGGUUGCUGGACAUGUUCAGGCUACUAUGAAUGUAGGGACACAAGUUGUGAACCUUUCACCACCGCAAGCAACCUCUUCUAAACCACAAGAGAAAGAGGCUAGUUGGAAUGAAGUACCCAAGAAAUCUGCUGCAAAAGGAACUCAAAUACUGCAAAAACCACCAGUGAGAUCCCUAAAUGGUUUCAGUCCGUUAGCUGAUAAUAUUGGAAUAAAUCCUCACAUGGUGCAGAAUGCCCCAAGCAGUAGUGGCCAUGGUAGUCAGGUUAGAGAAAGUGAGGUCGGGAUUCAGCUACACGCUAUCAAUAAAUCUAGUGACAUGGAAUUAGAACAUAAAGUGCACCAAGCUUUGGCUGGAAAGUUGAUCAAGAAGAUUGUUUACGGAUGGCAAUGGCGCUCAAACUACAAUUCUGUUGGCAGGGGCAGAAUCUGGGUUCUAUGGGAUCCAUCUUAUAUAGUAUACACUGAAAUUGCUAGUACUGAACAAUUCAUACAUGGUUCUGUCUUGGUGAAAGAUAUGAAUAUUAGAUUCUUAUUUACAUCAGUGUAUGGGUUGCACACUAUUGAAGACAGGAAACCUUUAUGGUGUGAUCUAGGGAACUUGUCAACCACUAUACAGGGCCCUUGGUUGAUAAUCGGUGAUUUUAACACAAUCACUCGCACUCAAGACAGGAUUAAUGGUAGUGAGAUGAAAGAUCUGGAAGUUCGAGACUUCAGAAAGUUUAUUUUUUAUCAUGCUCUCUCAGAACUAUUAACUGAUAGAAGACUGUAUGCAUGGAGUAAUGGCACUAUAUGCAGCAAAAUAGAUAGAGCUCUCAUUAAUGCUGAAUGGAUGCUUCAUAGCCCAUUUCUUAAUGUUACUGCUAGACAGCCUCUAUUUUCAGAUCAUUCUCCAAUGUGUUUGGAAAUUGAGAGGCAUCCUGAGAAAGUAGCUAGGCACUUUAAAUUCUUUAAUUGCCUUGCACGCCAUGGUGAUUUUCUGAAGGUUGUGGCUACUGGAUGGAACACACAAGCAAGGGUAAACCUCAUGGAAAGGGUAUGGAGGAAAUUAAAAGCUACCAGCAAGAGGGAACUGAAACAACUUAAUACCAAGGAGUUCAAUGAUAUUGCAUCCAAAUUUCAACUUGCAAAAGAUCAGCUGCUAGCAAUUCAAGAACAAAUAAAAGAUGGUCAACAACAACAAUUACUUGAGCAGGAAAAGGAGUUAAGGAAACAGUUUGAGAAGUGGACUAAUAUUGAAGAGAGUGUUAUGCCACGAAAAUCCAGAAUUCAGUGGCUGAAACUUGGUGAUUCCAACACUGCAUACUUUCAUGCAAAUUUGAAAAGCAUGGAAACACUGAAUUAUAAGAUCAGAUUGUUAGUAAAUGCAGAUGGGGAGGGGGAUUAUGUACUUAACAGGACACAACAACUCAUGCUGAUUGAACCUAUCAUUGAUAAGGAAAUCUGGCAAGCUAUGAAAGAUAUAGAUGAUUUGAAAGCAAUUGGAAUAGAUGGAUUCAAUGCUGUAUUUUUCCAGAAAGCCUGGACUAUAGUUGGGGAGGAGAUAAGUGCAGCAAUUAUAGAGUUCUUUGACAUACAACAGUUGUACAACCCAAUGAAUUGUGCUAAUGUCAUACUUAUACCUAAAGCCAGAAAUCUCACUACUAUCAAGAAUUUAUAA